AUGGUGAUUGAAGUGUAUUCAUUAAGCAUAGGUUCGUGGAAGGAAAUAGAAUCUGAGAGCUUAAAGGGUGUAAGUCCUUCUGAUAUUAUUUGUAAUUGGGUCACUGUCAAUGGACGUAUCUUUUGGGAUGCUGCAACUCCAGAGGAUAAAGAGGAUGGCGUAUAUCGUACUUGUUUGAUACUUUCAUUUGACAUAGCUGUGGAAGUUUUUACAGUGAUACCAGGACCUCCUCAAUUAGAUGUUUCAAGAGGCUUUGAAUUCACUUUGUCUGCUUAUGAUGAUAACAAGCUUGCUAUAAUUUAUGUGCCUAGAGUCGGUCGCCCUCCAAAGUAUUUAUAUUCUUUGAUCCAUUUGUGGGUGUUAGAGGAGAAGGGCACAAGUUCAUCGACAGAAAGAUGGAUUUGGACUAAAAUAUAUACUAGCAAUCCAUGUCCAGCCAAGUUUGACGUUCCUCGGACCAUGUGGGGGAACAAAUUUGUCUUCUUUUGUAUUAGGGAGCCUAGCCUUACAAAUGAAAGCGGCGGCGAAAUGGAGAAUCGAUUUUCCUUAAGCAUCAUUACUAAUGAGGGCAAGAUAUUUGAGAUCCCUCAAUGCUAUGGUAGUUGGGCUCUCAAUCAUGUAGAAAGUCUUGUACCAGUUGGCAACAUUCACUUUGAAGAGCCUUGA